AUGUUUUCGCAACGGGACAGGGAGGCGCUAAGAAAUGAUUCUCGAGGUCGAGGAACUAAGCUCAGCGUUUCUGACCGCGAGAACAUUCUGAAACAAUAUCUGCCAAACCCGUCCGAACUUCCACGUCGCCCGCUUCAGCGACGCAAAAAGAUUCCCAAGAAAACGCCCAUUCGUACAUUCGUGAAAUCGCAGAUACAUCAAAUCACAUACACCUUCCUUCAUAUUAUCUAUGGCAUUGCUGUACGACUCAUUCAGGGCUACUAUGCUGUGGUGGACCGCAUCUUGGCCAUCGUUUACUACCACCACCGAACUCCGGAAUUGAUCCGAAAAGAUGUCAAAGGUCUGGAUCGGUUGCCAGAACACCUCAGUGUUAUUCUAUCAAUAAGGAAUGAAGAUGACGCUCUGGCGAUCCUGAUGGAUGAAGUCGCAGAGCUUGCAUCCUGGAGUGUGAGCGCUGGAAUCCCAACGUUGAGCAUUUAUGAGAAGAGUGGUGCUCUGAAAUCAUGCAUUCCCACCCUACACCAAGUAAUCACGAACAAGUUGGCCUCUUACUUCGGAAACCCCUCCCAGCAACCCGCCCUCCGGCUUUUCGCUCCCCACCAUUCUGUCUACGGGCAAUCCCCUGGCAGAGACUCUCGCCAUAAAUCCAACCCCGAAUCCCUGACAGUGCUCCUUUUAUCUGCCACUGACGGCCGAGAGACCUUCGUUGACCUGACGAAGACCCUCGCGGAGAUGUCCCAAAACGGCAAACUAUCCCCAGAAGAUAUCACCAUGGAAUUGGUUGAUGCGGAAAUCAGCGAGAUUACCACCCAGCCAUCGCAAGAGGUUUCACCUUCCUCUGCACGCGGCAAAAUUGAUUUCGCUCAACCAUCCGUCUCGGUCAAACCGGAGCCGGACCUCCUUCUAGUCUUCGGGCCGUUCUUGAAACUUGAUGGGUAUCCACCCUGGCAUAUCCGACUCACCGAAAUGUUCUGUACGGGAGACAAUCAUAAUGGAAUGACUGGUUACGCCGAUACCGUUGAGUACCAGGGGUUUCUAAGAGGCCUGUGGCACUAUGCUGGAGCACAAAUGAGGUUUGGACGUUAA